UACAAGACGUAGAUAUCGCUGAUUGUACUUUCACUUUCUUUGAUAUGUGGUAAAAGCAUAUUGAAAUCAGUUAUUUGAUAUAUUAACUAACAAGUAUGCAUAUCCAAAUUAUAACGUUGAUUUUAUUGUGUUUGGCAAAGGAUGUGUUUUCCACGAACGAGAAUGUUCUUUGUAAAUUGGGAGACAGCAUUGUGUUGAAGUCAGACUCCGAUACUAACUCCCCCUCAUCAAUACUAUGGAGACUGGGGCAGAACAAGGUGGCAGACUUUGACAAGGAUUUUGGCACUACUGUAUCCUACUAUGGUGAAUUCAACAGCCGCACAACCCUAGAUACAACUACUGGAGAACUGAAGAUCACCGGGUUGAGGAAAACAGAUGAAGGGGUGUACUCUGUGGAGUUUAACAGCAAACGGCUUGAGAAGACCUAUACAUUAUCUGUUCUCAAACCAGUCCCCAAACCAGCUAUAAUAGUUUCCUGCAAUGACAACAAAAUCUCCUGCACUCUGACCUGUGAUGGUGACACAGCUGGUGCUGAACCAGUCACAUACUGGUGGAAAGUGGGAGAGGGGAACUGGGAGAAUAUUGGCAAGUUACUGACUGUCACUAAGAGUGACAGUAAACUCAAUCAAAAUGGAUACAAGUACACCUGCAAACUGAAGAAUGGUGUUAGUGAGAAAGACAGUGAUCCAGUGGGACCGUUAUUUGACUCAAAACAAUCUACCAACGUUGGUAGUGUUAUUGGCUGGAUUCUUUUCACUCUGCUGCUCAUUGCUGUAAUUAUCUCAGUUGGCUUUUGUGUGUGGAGGAAUAAAACCGGACCCCCCAACAACACUUUGAAGGACUUCAGGAGAAGUGUUUUGUUUUAUUUUGGAGGGAAUAAAGAGCAAGAAAACCAAGGCAGGGUGGAAUCUGACAGGAAUAAAGAGCAAGAAAACCAAGGCAGGGUGGAAUCUGACAGGAAUAAAGAGCAAGAAAACCAAGGCAGAGUGGAAUCUGACAGGAAUAAAGAGCAAGAAAACCAAGGCAGAGAGGAACAGGAAAUGGUGAAUGGAGCUAAAGGAAAGGAUGAGGACGUGCCCAAAGACAAGCUGUUACCAAACGAAGAUGGAGAUGUGACGAAUAAUGACAAUCCCUAAACAAAUUGUGGCCAUGAAGUAGAGAAUCCAGUAUUAGGAUGACCCAGAGAUGUUCCAGAGAUGUUUGUCCCUCCAACAUAAAGACCGGUGCGUCAGGGGUCCAGACUGCCACAGCUCCCGAGGCCACAGGUUGCACAAUACUUGACAUUCUCCUUCGACCUCUCCAAUGAACAAGAUUUUUUGUGCCACAGGGACGAUCACUAACUUUGUCUGUAAACCCUGGACUCUGUUGUGUUUGAAAACUCGAGGAGAGCACGGUCUGAGAUACCAACGUGGGCCGCUAGUCUGAAAAUCAUUGCUCAUCAUUUCUCAGCAUUCUUGCUUCAUCCUUAUACAGUGGGGAGAACAAGUAUUUGAUACACUGCUGAUUUUGCAAAAAUCCAGAAAAUCACAUUGUAUGAUUA